AUAGUUUCUGUAGUUCCUGUAUUCAACGGUUUGGAGCUGGUGGAGCUGGUACACAUACAACACAGCCACCAAAAAUUUUAAGUGAGACAGAGAGAGAAUAAAUGCAAGGAACCGAACAACGAGCUACCACCAACUACGUCGACGUCGACGACUUCGACGGACGCCAGUCAGUCCAGGCGACGAUUCCCUCGAGGUAGGACGUGGUGUAGAGAUUUUUAUCUCUCUACUAAAAUCACCACUACUACUACUACUACCAAUAUACAACAAUAAUAAUAAAAUAUAAUAAUAACACUAAUAAUAAUAGUAAUAAUAAUAAUAAUCAUCAUAACAAAAAUAAUAACACACAUACACAUAUAUAUAUAUAUAUUUAUACAGAUACUGACACACAUUUUCAUUUCACUCAUUUGCUCCUGCUCACUGGCUCAUUGCCUCCUCUUUUCUUCUUUUAUUUAUUUUUCUAUUUUUUUACCUUAUUCACUUUUUCAUCCCCUAUCUAAAAAUUUUACCAGCCCUUGUCACAUUGCCACACCACCAACAGUGCUCCCUCUCUCAUACUGAAAUACUCCUUCCAACAUCAAGGACCAACAAACAACACAAUAUCCUGUAUAUCACAUCAACUCAGUCAUAUCGGGGGGCGCCAUGUCACCAUCGACACGACGUACUCUUGGAAUUGCCUAGGAUUUUCCUUCCCUCCAGGCCGCCGCAAUGUGGCCUGGAGUACUACCGUUGGUAGCUGUACUGAUAACCCUGCUACAUCCUUCAGGAUGUACGCAUACGGGAAAGGUCAACUACCGGGCGAAGGAGAAAGAGGUGCUCGACGACAUUCUCGGAGAAAAAACAUACGAUGCCCGUAUUCGGCCAAGCGGGGAAAACGGAACAGAUGGUCCGACAAAUGUCCACGUCAACAUCUAUCUCCGUUCAAUCAGCAGAAUAGAUGAUUAUAAUAUGGAAUACUCGGUGCAGUUGACAUUUCGAGAACAAUGGUUGGAUGAACGACUUAAAUUCAACGACUAUGGCGGGAGAUUAAAAUACUUGACACUAACCGAGUCAACGAGAGUUUGGAUGCCUGAUCUUUUUUUUUCAAAUGAAAAAGAAGGUCAUUUUCAUAAUAUAAUUAUGCCAAAUGUUUACAUACGAAUAUUUCCAAAUGGAAAUGUACUGUACAGCAUAAGAAUAUCACUGACGUUGUCAUGUCCAAUGAAUUUGAAAUUGUAUCCUCUGGAUCGUCAAACUUGUUCGUUACGUAUGGCUAGCUAUGGCUGGACAACUGAUGAUCUUGUAUUUGUAUGGAAAGAAGGCGAUCCCGUCCAAGUUGUUAAAAAUUUACAUCUUCCAAGAUUUACAUUGGAAAAAUUUCUCACUGAUUAUUGCAAUAGUAAAACAAAUACAGGUGAAUACAGCUGUCUAAAAGUGGAUUUACUGUUCAAGAGAGAAUUCAGUUACUAUCUAAUACAAAUAUACAUUCCUUGUUGUAUGCUUGUCAUUGUAUCUUGGGUAUCCUUUUGGUUGGAUCAAAGUGCUGUACCAGCUAGAGUAUCACUAGGUGUAACAACACUACUAACAAUGGCAACACAAACAUCAGGAAUAAAUGCAUCACUGCCACCUGUCUCUUAUACGAAAGCCAUUGACGUAUGGACAGGCGUUUGUCUGACCUUUGUAUUUGGAGCACUUCUUGAAUUUGCUCUUGUAAAUUAUGCCUCUCGAAGUGACAUGCAUAGAGAAAAUAUUAAAAAGAAAUAUCGUGAAAUUGAACACUCAUCAUCAGUUGAAGAACCUGAUGGUACAGCUAAUUUUCAAAUGAAGCCUCUAGUCCGACACCGGGAGGAUACGAUGUUAAUGGAUAAGAUGCGCCAGUGCGAAAUUCACAUGCAACCGCAGAAAAAAAACUGCUGCAGGUCGUGGCUUUCCAAGUUCCCGACGAGGUCCAAGCGCAUCGAUGUAAUAUCACGGAUAGUCUUCCCCCUCGUAUUCGCACUGUUCAACCUCGCGUACUGGUCAACGUACCUGUUUCGCCAGGAAACGGAAGACGAGUAAAUAAUGAAGAGGAGGAGGAUGAUGAUACGCUUGGAUCAAGGGAUGUGGCUCGCGGCCAUCUCUAUCAUUCUCAUUCACGUCAUCAUCAUAAUAAUAAUAAUAAUCAUCAUCAUCAUUAUCAUUUUAAUGAAAAUCGUACGAAUCAUCAUCAUAAUACAAAAAAUUCAUACAAUCGUCAACGUUCACGUCAUAAUAAUCAGCAGUCACCAACAUUAUCAACAACAAAUGGGGAUAUCGAUGGUGGUGGAUCAUGUGGAUCACCAGAUGCAACAUCACAACGUCUACCAUCAAGAAGAAGCUCAACAUCACCAACAUCAUCGAGAAUGUUAACACCAUCACCACCACCAAUACACAUUAAAAGCAAUGGUAAAAAAGGACGUAAAUUUUCACAUUUACCAUUAUCACAAACUGAAAAAUGUUGUUUUGGUAUAUUACCAAGAAGAUGGUUUACAUGCCAUGCAAAAGGUUCAGCAAGAAUUGAUGUACUUGCACGUUUUGCAUUUCCCCUUAUGUUUGUUUUUUUCAAUUUCGCAUAUUGGUCAAUGUAUCUAUUUCGAAAUGAAGAUAAUGAAAAAAUGAGCUGAAAAAUGACUGUAUAUUUACGUAAGAAUAAAUCUGGAGUAGGAUAAUUUGAAAAAAAAAAAACAAAAAAAAAAUUUUAAAUUUUUUUAAAUUAAAAGGUUUUUUAAAUUAUAAUACAAGUCAAAUUUAUUUGACGAGAAAUGGGAACGAAUUUUUUAAUACAAAAAUAAAUAAAUAAUAAAAUUUAAAAAAAAAAAAAAUUUAAAAAUAUCUACUAUUGGUUUUGUGUCCUUGUAUAUUCUCUACCUGAUGCUGCUCAAAAUAUAAAUUUUUUUAUAAAUUUAAUAAUGAGAAGUAUUGGUAAAUAAUAGAAUAAGGACAUUUUCCAUAAUCAAAUGCUCAAAGAUAUUAGGAAAAAAGAAAAAAAAAAGAAAAGAAAUUUAAAAAUAAUAAUAAAAAAAAAAAGUUAUAAUGAUUUAAAAAAAAAAAUUAAACAAAUUCCGGGAACAUUUCUCUGUAAGCACAAACGAAUUUUGGGCGAGAACGAAAUCAUUUGUGUGAAUGGAUUCGUAUAGCAUUAUUAAAUUGAGAUUGACCGCGUGCCACAAAGUGACAUUAACAUUAGAGCCUUGUAUAGCCACGGCCUUUCACGAAAAUAAAUUAAAAUAAUAAUAAUAUUUAAUAAUAAAUAAAUCAUGAAAAAAUAAAAUGAAAAAAAAUGAAAUAUGAAAAUAAAUUUAUAAGUAUUAAUACCUAUGUAUUAACAAGUAACUUGUUAAAAUACUGACUCCUUUAUAUAUUAAAAAAAAAAUUAAAUUAAUAACUAAACGUGAAAUAAAAGUAGAUUUUCUAGCCUCACGAUAAAACUUCGUUAUGCUUACAAUUAAAUUGAUAUACUAAGAGCUUUUUUUUUAGCGAAUACAUUACGAAUUUAAUAAUAAAAAUUAUAUAUUAAAAAGAAAAACAAAAAAAAAAAAAAAACAUCUUGCAUUAACGAUAUUAUUUCGGAGGCUAGCAAGAUUCUCUCUUCGUAGGAAAAAAGAAAAUUAAUUAUUAAAAAAAUAAACGAAUUAAAAAAUAAUUAAAAAAAAAAAAAAAUGAAUUUAAAUAAUUCCAUUUAAAAUUUGACGUGGAAUUUUAUUUAUAAUUCAAAAUGACAAAGACCUAAAAACACAUAAAAUACUCAACUGAAUUGUUGACAAAAAAAAAAAAUAAUUGAAAAAAUGAAAAAUGAGAUUUUACAGGAUCUAUUUAGUUGAUUUUUAAAAAAAUAUAUUUAUUCGGUUUUUUAAUUUAAUUUUAUAAACCAUGAUAACGUGAUAAAUGAGUGACAAAUAGGCUACUGGUAUAGAAAAUUCAAUGGAUGAAGAUCCGGCAAAUUAAACUACUAUAAAAAAAAAAAAAAUGAAUAACAAUAAAAAUAGAAUGAAGAAGUGGCUUGAAUAGUUUGUCAACAAAGCACGAUGAAUGGAUGACACGAAUUUAUAUCAUUGCCUUGAAAAAGUGGGUAGGGUAACAAGGGCAAAAUACAAAUGUCGAUAAACCAUUAAUUUCGAAAAAAAAAAAAAUCAAGAGCAAUGAUAUCACGUUCCAGUUGUUAAAAAAAAAAAAAAUAUUUAUAUUUGUGCCUCGAAUUAAAAUUAUUAUCUAUAUUUUUAUUUUGUUUAUUUAAUAAUUUAUAUAAAUUUAUUUGCUGUUUCAUCGACGUCGAACAUUGAUACCAAUCUUUUACAUUAAAAAAAAAUUUUUAUCAAAAAAAAAAAAAUCAUGAAUGGUUGUCGA